CAAACUUUUCACUUUCACUUUUUCGUUUCUUCAUUUCUUUCUUUCCAUUUUUCACAUCUUUCUAUCUCUCCAAUCUGAUUUAUAAAAGAAGGGGAGAGAGGAAAGAAAAUUAGUCAAAUCAUGACUCUAUCAAAGGAUAAUGAUGAACAACAAAAACAUGUUAUGGGGUACCCUUCAAUAUCUAAAUACAAUCAAAGUAUUAAACACGGGUUCCCUUCACAAUAUGAUAGUAAUUACCAACAAUACAAUUAUUUUUCUCAAGGGUAUAUUUUACCCAUCCAAGGCUAUCCUAACCCUAACCCUAACCCUAAUUUAUACGUAUCUUCAUCAUCCAAUUAUCCGACUAAUAAGUACAUAUCAAUGGCGGCUUAUAAUCCAAUGGAAGAACAAAACAAUGGAAAAUUAUCAUUUGGUCGUUUGAUGGUUAUUUUGAUGCUAAUUUUGGUAGUAGGAAUGAUCAUGUUAAGCCUAGUAAUUUGGCUACUUUUUGGAACUGAAGGACCUGUGUUUCAUAUAUUAGCUUUAAGUGUUCCUAGUUUUAGGAUUAUUAACUCGUCAAUAGUUGGUAAUUGGCAAGUAAAUUUCACAAUGUGUAACAUCAAUGAUCACUCAAAAAUCAAAGUUUUUCAUGGCAAGACUUCCAUUUUUUACAAAACUAACCUUUUGGCUGUGACACCUUUUGAUCCUGUAAAUUUGGAGGCUAAAAGUACGAUGAAUAUGUUGUUCAAUUUAACCACAUUACCUGAAGGAAAUGUUUUGGAUCAAGUGGCUAUAUCAGAAAUUAGUAAAGAUAAAAGUGAUGGGGACAUAGAAUUUUCCUUGGAGAUUUCUUUGAAGGCUGUUUUAGCUUCUGAUUUAGAGUGGCAAAGCCAUAAGAUGAUGGUUUAUUGCAAUAAUUUGAAAGUUCAGUUUGGACCUGAAGAUAAAGGAGAAUUGGUAGCAGCUGACAAAAUUAAAUGUCUAAUUGUUGGAUAAUUGAUUUGUUGAAUUACAAGAAGGGUACGAGGUUUAUGAACAAAUUCUAGGGAUAUCUUCUCGUCUGGCUGUGAUUCUUGGCAAAGUGAACAUUCUUUGGACCAAGUAUUUGAGAACAGGAAAGAGGAUUUUGGUAGGAAUAUUGGAGUAAAGCUGAGCUUUCAGUUUAUUUUUCUUCUUUUUCUAAUAAAUCAUGUUCCAAGUUUUUCAUUAGAUGGAUUUAGAUUUGGGCAAUAUAUAUGUAACUGUAUUGCACCAAUUGGGAGGCUGGUACUUUGGGCAUCCAAUAGGCCCCAGUUUAAUACAUUUUUGUAUAUAUUGUUAAUUUGUACAGUGCUUUUGAAAUACGAAGUAUAUUGUUACUUUUCGA